CGCACAUUCACACCUAGUGACAAUUUGGGUUAUCCAAUUAACCUAUCCCCACUAAGACAUUGGAGAUUACAAAAACAAAUUUAUACUUUACAUAGGUUUGUACCCCUCUGUUCCAGGAGAGUCUUACCAAAAACUUAGCUGUUGCAAAUAAUAAUAAUUACUAAUUGUAGUUAUUAUUAAUAUUGUACAUAUUUUCAAAUGUUGCUACAUUUAAAAAAGUAUUUCAAGCCUAUAAUGUGUGUGCAUCACGGUUUGUUGUAUUUAAGCAGUCAUUACUAAAUGACAUUUUUCACCAAACUUUUGUUGCCCAGUAAUAAACGCUGUGUCUUUGUCGUGUGAUGUCACCACACAAAAAUGUGGUGUGUCCAUACUUCUGUAAAGUGAUUUACACUACAGGAGAUUUAUCCCACAGCCGGACAACUGUUAGCAUUUCAGUGAUGUGAAAAAUGUAACAGCCCACAUGAAAACACAGAAUAACCGCAAAAGUAAACAAACUUUAUCAUUUCUAUUUCAUUUGGCAUCUAACAGCAGUAUUCCUGUAAGCACAUGACAAGGGGUUAGAAUAAUAUCAUUAACUGGAGCACAAGAAGUGAAGCAGAGCGUCUCGUACAUGCACGUUUAGCUUCUCCUCUGUACCACCCUGUCCUACAGCUACCACAGGCUCUUGUCCUGCAGUGGCAGGUACAUCCCAUUGUCAUCAUCUUCAUUCAUUGUCUUUGAAAAGCAAGAGGAGAUGAACAGAUCCAGUAAAUGCACUUUUAUCUGGUAUCGUUUGGUAUCGUAAUCUGUCUUAAUCUAUUUCUAUUUCAAUGUUGUGUUCUGUGUUUUUUUAAUUUAUUAUAUGGGGGAAAAGUUCUGUCAUCCUUGUGCUGAGAGGUCUGUGGUCAUCCACCUGUUUUGUUCUAGUAAACCCAACUUUCAGGAACACCUUUAGAGCUGUUCAGUUUUAGCACCACUGAGAGUCAACAAGUCUGGUCUCAAGUCACUUUAUAUUGUAAGGUAAAGACCCUACAGUGACAAAUGUUCACUCGGAUUCAUCAAUGAAGUAAAACUGACUGUAUGCAUAUACAGGAUAUUUGGAUAUUAAAGGAUAUUGUAUCAUGGGUGAACAGACCAGAAUGAAAGCCACAUCUUAAGCAUUUGACUGAGGCACAACAAUCAAAAGGCAAUGUUUGCAGCUUAAAUGUACUCUGGAUAAUCUUAAAUGUGCAAAUAUUGUUACAGUUUUGUGUUUUUCAGGUGUCCUGUUUGAAGAAAACACUUUAAAGUCACUUUAAUACAUGCAUAUUUAAAGAAAAAAGAAAAAUGCUCCACCUCCAUGUAUUAGCUGUUAAGUAAUUUUAUGAUGAGGAUGGAUGCUGUCAUUGUUUUUCAGUGUAGUUUUGAAAAUUAAAGGAUAUUUAACAUUAAAUGUACCAAUGUUGUUGUUUACUAAACACAGAUUAAUUUAAGUUUAAAUUUAAAAACUUUUGAACAAAUGGUGUACGAGGUUUUCUGUUUGUCUAUGCAUUUUCCUUUUUGCACUGUACAACACUUUCAGUAAGACAACAACUGUAAAUCGACCCCCCCCCCGUCUAAUCCAUUAUUGUAAAGUUAAAUGCUAUUAAGAAAUGAUCAGGAAAAAAGAGGGUUUUCAAGAAAUACUGUUCUGCUCCAUUUUAUGCCAUUCGUCGGAACAAGAUCUAGAGUGUGAUUAAAGUGGUGCGUAGGUUCUUUGAUUAUUUGUCUUGUCAUAUUUAGACAGUUGAGUCUAAUAAUAGAUUAAAUGCUGUGCUUCGAGGAUUCUGACAGUUAGUGUAACUCAGGGGGGUUGAUUCAUUUAAACUAACAUAAUCAUCCUGUUGUGACCAAGUUUUUGUAUAGCACGGUAAAUUUUUUUGUUGAUCAGUUAUUAUUCAUGGAUUUACAGGGUCUUAGAAGAGAGAGACCUAAUGUUUAAUAAUCCACAUUUCAUUGUGUUACUCUUUGGUGCAGAUGUGGAUACUGUAUUGUUCUUUCUUUGUGAUUUUUUUAUUGGUAAUGUUUCAGUUGGGUUUUUUUGCAGAUUUUUGGUGUGUUUUGUGGUGGUUUAGAAGCAGACACAGUCCCCAAGGGGAUGGGUGUUGGGAACAAAAAACAUGCUGUGGAAGAGAGCCAGAGAAUAAUAAUAAGUAAUGAUUCAAUGCAGAGAGGUGUAUAAACAUAUGGUGAGUGAGAAAAGUGACUAAAGAAGUACUACUCAGUGUAUCGUGGGAAUCCCCAGCAGCCUACACCUAUCGCAGCCUAACUAAGAGAGGAUUCAGGGUCACCAGCCCUAACUAUAUGCUUUAGCAAAAGGUUUUAAGCCUAAUCUUAAAAGUCGAGAAAGAACAUCACAGCGCAGAGUUACAAAGAGAGUUACAUGUCUUUGGAAUGGCUUGAUUCUGUGUUCUGACUUCACUGACCUUUAUUAAGUAAUUCUUGGUACCAGUUUACGAAAACAGAGAACAGCUUUGGUCAGGUCCUGGCAGAUGCAUCAUGAUAGACCUAUUUAUUUCUUCUAGACUGAAUCACUGUAAUUCAUUAUUUUUGGGCUGUCCUAAAAACUUCCUGAAAAGCUUUUACCCCAUCUGUUCAAGGAUUGGCUUGUGCCACCAUUUGUCUGCCACCUAAAAAUCCAGUUUUAAGAUCCAAUCCCAGACACUUGAGACAGUGGUUAUCAGAGGCAUCGUAACAUUUCAUCACUCAUCCAUGACACUGGAGAGUACUGAAAAAGUCACUUGGAUGAGUAAUCAAUUGUUUUUUUAAAUGUUUCUAUAUGUUUUGUAAAAGAAUUACAAAAUGAACUUGUAAAUUAAUUUAUUAAUGCAGAUUUUAUUUCACAAUUCAUUAUUGAGCACAAAAGGCUUUAUUUUGAUGCGUGUGACUCUUCUGGUCCUCCAUAACCAGCAGCCUAGGCCUAUUGCUGCACAACUAAGGUCAGCUGAUGCAGCCCCAACUAUAUGCUUUGUCAAAAGUUUUAGGCAUGAUCUUAAAAGUAGAAAGGGUGUCUGUCUCCUGAAACCUGAUUCCACAGAAGAAGGAUCUGAAAGCUGAAGGCCCGGCCUCUCAUUCUAGUUUCAAUCAACUACAAUCAACUGAAGGCUUUUCGCUGAGUUUUUAGGACAGCCAAAAAAUAGUGAAUUACAGUACUACAGCCUAGCCCUCCGGUUUUGUGCACCCCCACCCCCCUUACUUUAGUGUUCCCAAUCAAAAUUGACUGGUCCUUGUUAGCUGCUAUUAAAUUAGCACAAAAAACACUUUUCACCACCAAAUUCUUUAUUCAACAUUCUUUAGCUGUGAACAAUGUCUCAAAGUAGUGUUUAACUUGAAUACAUAGAAUUAGACAUAACAUAACUGCAGUAAAAAUACAAAUAGGCACUGAAAAUGUAUUACAAAAUGAACAUGUAAUGUAAAAAACAAAUUAAAGACCAAACUCAACAUGAAGCUGUGAGUACAGGACACAUUCUGCUUGGCCUCCAUUGCCUGUCUCCGAAGUCCCACAGGGUUAACCAAGCCCGAUAGGAUUCCUUCUUCAGCCUGAUUGCUCUGUUCACCUCAAGUGUCCAACGUCUGGUUCAGGGGUUACCAUCAAGACAGGCAGCUCAUUGCAGCAGCUCAUUGCAGCAGUUUCCACAAUGGAGGUACUGAAUAUGCUCCAUUCGGACUUAAUGUCCCCAGUCUCCCUCAGAAUGCUGUCAAAGUUCUGGCAAAGGUUGGAGGCCUCUGUUAGGCAUUCCCAGAGUGUCCUCACAAUACAUUUAGUUGUGCCAGGUUUAUCCAGCAUUCUCCCUCACCACCUGAUCCAACUCACCACCAGGUGGUGAUCAGUUGAUAGCUCAUCCCUCUCUUCACCUGAGUGUCCAGAACAAAUUGCUGCAGAUCCGAUGAUACGAUUACAAAAUCAAUAAUCAACCUGCAGCCUAGAGUGUCCUGGUGCACUUGUAAAUAACCUUAUGUUCAAACAUGUUGUCUGUAAUGGACCAACAGUGGUUUUCACAGUAACAGAACACCCCACAGAUCAGGCAAGCCAUUCUUCCUAAUCUCACCCCUCCAAGUAUCACUGUCAUUACCCACAUGAGCAUUGAAGUCUCCCAGAAGGAUGACAGAGUCUCCAGGGGGAACACCCUCGAGCACCCCACCUAGGGACUCGAAGAGGGCUGUGCACUAUGAAAGUUCAUUAAACACAUAAUUGUAGAUGACAGUCAUGGUCAGGCACAGGGAACAAAUCCUCUUGUCCAGUGGGAAAAACUUUAAAAUACAGGAAGUGACCAAGGAGAAACUAAGAUACCUACCCCAGCCCACCACCUCACACCGAGGGCCACACCAGACUGGGCCAGAGACCAGCCCCUUUACAGGAGACUGGUUCCAGAGCUCAGGCCAUGCGUUGAGGUGAGCCCAGCUAUAUCUAAUCAAUACUGCUCAACCUCACGCACUAUGCUAAGGCUUCUUCCCCAUCACAGAGGUGACAUUCUGUGUCUCAAUUGCAAGCCAUGAUAGCUAGGCAUUGGUCCACAAGGGUCUCUGGCCCUGGCCGCCGCCUGGCACACACUGCAGCCGACCCUAUGGGGACUCCUGUGGGUGGUAAGGCCUACAGGAGGGUGGGUCCAUGUCUCUUCUUCGUGAUGAUCUGGCCAGUCCCCAUGGACGAAGGCCUAGCCACCAGGUGCUCUCCCUCUGGUAUCUUCCCCAGGACUUGAGACACAUUUUGUAGACCAUCAGCUGGGACUGAACUAGCUAAUAUUAAUUUGCACUAAGUGGCAGGAUUGCUUUCUAAAUGCUGAUAGAUUUCAACUUGUGUCUUGACUCCCUGUGCCUCUUGGACCUCUCUACUUCAUUUGUUCAAUACGUUUUACCUGUGUCAUAUCUCAUGAUUACAAAUAACUUAAUCUUUUGACAUCUAUGGUACGAUUUCUUUGUAUGUGUGUAUAGGAUUGGUCGUUACUGACAUCUGGUGAGACUUUCAUGUCAAUAGCACCUUUACAAAUAUUACUUAGAAAAUAAGUAAUAUGAUCAAUAUUUAUUUUCACCUGUUGCAUACAAAGAAGGAUUAGUUAUGGUUUAAACAAUGUUUAACACAUUAUGAAUUUUUUAAUAAUUUAGAUAUUUUUUGUGUAUUUUAGGACAUAUUGUACAUGCAUUUAUGUACAAGAAGGUUCAAUUUGAUGGGACCCCCAAAAUUUUAAAUGAAUGUUAAAUAUUUUAGGGGUCUCAUUUUAAUCCAAACUGCCAUGUGGUGCUGAAAAAGGUGUCUAGUGUCCAGUCUCAUUUGAAGAGUACAGUAAAAUGGAGAGGGAGUUUGUGAUGAUUUUUUUUUUCAUUCCGUCUUUUCUCAAAAAGCUUUUCAGCACAUCAAAAAACCCACAUUUGUUUUAACAGGAAACAUUUCUCCUCACACAUUCACAUGCAUAAAACUCAUGUACCGUGCCACACCCACAUGCAGAGAACACAUCUACUGUUGCACACACCCACACGUUAAAUGGCCAUUACUGAAACAGAACAUUGUGCCAUUUAAGCUGUCAAGACAUCACUCAGAUGUAGCCACUCUAUUAUUCCUACCCUUCAUGUAGGAAUAAUGUAAAAGUUCCGUAUUUUUUUCCAAACACCUCCCUUUGUGUGGAUUUUUAAAUUUACUUUAAGGCUGUUCAUUUGUUGAAUUAAAUUGAUUUGUAGUCUCUUUCUAUGUACAGAUCUAACUAACAUUCACUCACAGCACUGAAAAAGGUUAGAGCAAGUUGUAGGUUUAAUAUCUUGACCAAAGAUAUUUAGCCUGCAGACCGGAGCAGAGGGGGAUCAAACCACCAUCCAGUGGAUGAUGAGAGUCAAACCUUAAAUACUGAUCCGUAUGCGUAGGUUUACGGUACACAUCAGCUUUUUAAUGUCCCCCAAUACUGAUGGAAAUCUCAUAGUCUAAGAAGGCUAACCUGCCACUUUUCAUAUCCUCCCUGGUGAAUUUGAUGUGUUGGUCCACGGAGUUAAUGUGAUCUGUGAAUCGUGGUAGGUCCUGAGAUUAAAUUUUCACGCAGGUGUCAUCCACAUACCUGAACCAAUGACUUGGUGGUGUUCCAGGAUAGGGUAACAAAGCCCUCUUUUCCACUUCUUCCAUGUACAAAUUGGCCACAAUGGGUGAAACUGGGGAACCCAUGGCUCUCCCAUGUUUCUCCCUGUAGUACUGACCCUUGUAUGUGAAAUAGGUGGAAUUAAGACACAGUUCAAACACACUUGGUCGGUGCUGAUAGUGGUCUUGUUGCUGAGGUUGGGGUCAUCCUGUAAUCUCUUACGAACUACCUCCAACACUUCAGUGACUGGAACAUGAGUGAAGACAGAUGUAACAUCGUACAAGACCAUGGAUUCAUCUGCCUCCAUAAUGACAUCGCUCACCUUCUCAACACAAUCCAAGGUGUUCUGGAUGCGGUGACCAACAGAUUUAGAAGCUCAGUACUCUCUUACCCGGGCUCAGCGGGUCAGGGCUGCCAUGUUUCCAGAGACUCUGGUAGAAGGGGAGGCAGCCAUGCCUGUCCAGUCAGAUCCCUCACAGCAGAGCAAUGUGCAACGACUGGCUGAACCUUCUCAGCUGCUAAAGACAGCUCUCGUCCACCUGAUAAACUACCAAGAUGAUGCUGAACUGGCCACCAGGGCAGUGCCAGAACUCACCAAGUUGUUGGGAGACGAGGAUCCGGUUGUCGUGAACAAGGCGGCCAUGAUUGUCAACCAGCUAACCCGUAAGGAGGCCAGUCUCCGCGUGCUGGUGCAGUCUCCAGCUAUGGUGGCAUCCGUGGUGUGUGCCAUGACGACAACAACUGACACGGAGACGGCACGUUGCACAGCCAGUGUGCUUCACAGCCUAUCGCACCAGAGGGAGGGACUGCUGGCCAUAUUCAAGGCUGGAGGGAUACCAGCACUGGUCCGAAUGCUAAGUUCACCAGUAGAAUCAGUCCUAUUUUACGGAAUUACCACUCUUCACAACCUGCUGCUGCAUCAAGAGGGAGCAAAGAUGGCUGUGCGUCUUGCUGAUGGCCUGCAGAGAAUAGUUCCCUUAUUGAAAAAGAGCAACCCAAAGUUUUUAGCCAUUACUACAGAUUGUCUGCAACUCCUGUCCUACGGAAACCAGGAAAGCAAGCUGAUUAUUCUAGCCAAUGGGGGUCCAGAGUGUUUGGUUUUCAUCAUGAGAAACUACAACUAUGAGAAGCUGCUUUGGACGACAAGCCGUGUCCUUAAAGUGCUGUCUGUCUGCCCCAGCAACAAACCAGCUAUAGUAGAAGCUGGAGGCAUGCAGGCUUUGGGGCAGCAUCUUACAGGGUCUAGCCAGCGUCUGAUCCAGAACUGUCUGUGGACACUCCGUAAUCUGUCAGACGCAGCAACCAAACAGGAGGGAUUAGAUGGUCUGCUGCAGAUACUGGUCACUCAGCUGGGCUCAGAUGAUGUGAACAUGUUAACCUGUGCCACCGGCAUUCUGUCCAACCUGACAUGCAAUAACUCACGCAACAAGACGCUGGUGACUCAGUAUGGUGGAGUGGAGGCAUUGAUCCAUGCUGUGCUUCGUGCUGGGGAGAAGGAGGAUGUUGCUGAACCUGCGGUCUGCGCCCUGCGGCAUCUCACCUCCCGCCACCAAGAUGCCGAGCUAGCCCAGAAUGCCGUGCGUCUGCACUAUGGUAUCCCAGCUAUUGUUAAACUACUGGGCCAGCCCCACUACUGGCCUGUAGUAAAGGCCACAGUUGGACUCAUCCGGAAUCUCGCACUGUGCCCAGCUAAUCAGGCAUCACUGAGAGAGGCAGGUGCAAUUCCACGACUGGUGAACCUGCUGCUCAAAGCUCACCAGGAUACACAAAGACAUGCCUCCUCUACACAGCACACAUACCAGGAUGGCGUUCGCAUGGAGGAAAUAGUAGAGGGCUGCACAGGAGCGCUUCAUAUUUUGGCCAGAGACCCUAUAAACAGAGGAGAGAUUGCCAGCAUGCAGACCAUACCACUGUUUGUACAGCUGCUGUAUUCGUAUGUGGAGAAUGUGAAAAGAGUGUCUGCAGGAGUACUGUGUGAGCUAGCCCUGGACAAACACUCUGCAGAGCUCAUAGAUGCAGAAGGAGCAUCAGCACCACUCAUGGAGCUGCUGCACUCAAACAACGAGGGAAUUGCUACCUAUGCCGCAGCAGUGUUGUUCCGCAUUUCAGAAGACAAGAGUUCGGACUACAGGAAGAGAGUGUCAGUGGAGCUUACACAUUCGCUGUUCAAGCAUGACCCUGCUGCCUGGGAAAUGGCCCAUACUGCAGUUCCUUUGGAGCCUACGUAUCUUCCAGAUGAGUUAGAUGGCUCUUACCCCCCAUAUGGCUAUGCUGAUCUGCCACUGGACACCCUGCCGCUAGACCCCGACCUCCAUGAGCCCUACAUUCCUGACAUGACUUAUGAUCCAAGACAGACCUACCCUGAGCCACUCUAACAG